AUGGCCAACUCCAAACGAAAGCUGCCUACGAAAUCCAGCGUCACAGAGAAUUCUACUCAGGAUAAAGAUCUUCCCAGGACGACGACGGAAUCCACAGAAAUAAAUCCCAGAGAUGCCAAAACCUCCAACCUUCUGAACCACUUUUUCAGAGAUUGCCUUGGUCACGACAUAAGCAACUUCUCCAGUUUGUCCCACUUUACCAGGUGGCUACAGAGACCCGUAGAUGGAGCCGCCUUGGGCAUCUUUAGGUUGCUAUAUGGAGCAGCCAUGCUGAUUGAUAUUGCAGAGGAGCGUGGAGGUGGUCAGUUGGAUGUGCGAUUUCAAGAUCCGCUCCACUGUCACUUUCCGCUCUUCAACGGAAUGAGGGCUUUGGAAUAUCCACUGAUGGGCUGCGUUUACCUGUGCAUGUGGCUGGGUGCCUGGGGCAUCAUGCUGGGCUAUCGCUUCAGGAUCAGCUGCCUGGGAUUCCUGAUUCCGUACUGGUACAUCUUCCUGCUGGACAAGCCGACGUGGAAUAAUCACAGCUAUCUUUUUGGAUUGGUGGGCUUCUUGAUGCUCUUCACCCAGGCGGAGUCCUACUGCUCCCUGGACAGCUGGUUAAAUCCAAGGAGGAGUCGCUGUAUUCCCUACUGGAACUACUUCAUCAUUAAGUUCCAGUUCUUUGUUUUGUACAUGUAUGCUGGUCUCAAGAAGUUCUCUUUGGAGUGGUUAUCUGGUUAUGCGAUGUCUAAUCUCAGCCACCAUUGGGUAUUUGCUCCCUUCCGCCAGGUGAUUGAUCCUGAGAUGAUUGACCUUCUGAUUGUGCACUGGUUCACCGCCUUCUUCGAUCUGUCUAUUGCCUUUUUUAUGACUCUGGAGAAGACGCGCCUGCUGGUCACUCCUUUCAUGCUCAGCUUUCACCUCAUGAACUCGCGGCUUUUUGUAAUCGGCAUGUUUCCCUGGGUUUGUUUGGCCGAGGUGCCGCUCUUCUUCAGCUUCGACUGGCCCAGGAGGCUAACCAGUUGGUCAAAGAGACCUCUUCCCCAAUCCAAAGAUCCCGCAGAACAGCUAAGCAAUCCAGGAAUCCUGGCCAGACUGCGCACCUGCCUCAUCCUCGGCUACUGUGGCCUGCAACUAUUCCUGCCCUACUCGCACUUCAUCACCAAGGGCUACAACAACUGGACGAAUGGUCUAUAUGGCUACUCCUGGGACAUGAUGGUGCACUCGUACGAUACACUGCAGACCUCCAUCCAGGUGGUGGACAACGAGAGCCGCCAGGUGCACAACCUGAAUCCAUAUGCCUUCACCGAGUACGAUCGCUGGACCAAGUACGCCGACAUGGCUGUCCAGUAUGCCAAGUGCAUCGAGGAGAAUCUCAGGCGGGGAGAGCCCGAGAUGGCCAAGAACAUCUCCAUCUACUUUGACAUCUGGUGCUCGAUGAAUGGUCGCUUCCAGCAGCGAUCCUUUGAUCCGCGCGUGGAUCUCCUGCGUGCCAAGUGGUCGCCCUUUGAGAGCACCUCGUGGUCAUUGCCACUGCUCAACGAACUGAAUCACAUGCGACCCAAACUGAGGACCAUUGAAACGGAGGUGCUGGCCUGGAACAACUACUCCGAUGUGAUUUUCGUGGCCGAUUUUCCUGGACUCACACUGACCAACUUUAUCUCGCCGGAUCUGAUUAACUGCACGUUGACUAUCCUGGAGGGGAAUGUGAGGUACAGGAAUGAGAGAGAUCUUGAAGCCUAUUUCCUGACAGCAGGGAAAAGUAUUGGUCUGCAGAGCAACAUCACCCACUUGGUGACCACCAUUGGCCAGAAGCCAGCCUCCUAUUUGUUCACCUACACCAACAAGACGAUGCUGGAGCAGGAAAUCACGAUAGAAACCAAGAAGGAGGAGACGGAGGAGCGAUCCAUCCUGCCGCUGUGGCAGGAGUUCCAGCAUAGGGUGACCAACUACCAACAGUUUCUGGGCCACAUGGGCAACUGCCUGAUGUACUUGCUCUACGAUGUGCCCAUUCCGCCGGUCGCGAAAGAGAGAGAUUGAAAGUGAAGGCUAAGCAUCGCCACUGUUUCGGUUUUCACUUGAUUCAGAUU